AUGCGUUUGGUUGAAUUCGUCGCCCUUCAAACCGAGCUGAGACUGUACUCAUACUAUCAUGCAUUCAUGAAGCUUGCCCUGGUAGACCGAACAUUUUAUGAGCUCUGUAGUCCCUCAAAUUGGCGGCUGCUUUACCAUCCAGCGUCUUCCCCCAGGAUAGAUAUGACUAUACCUGAAGAGCUUGACCUGCAAUACAUUGAUUUUCCUGACAUUGACGAACUCGUCCAAGAAAUCCUACCACCUCAAGCAAAACACGUCCAAUCGAUCAUUAUCGCGAUGCAUCCCGAUAAUCCUCAGGUCUAUGAAUGGGAUUCGGAUGAAAUAGUCGAAGACGAGCAGAUCUUUCCCGUGGGUGAAUACUACGAAAUAUUCAGAAUUUGUACCAAUUUAACCAAGCUUACCAUACGCCUCCAAACGACCUCACUGAGUCUGGAUCGCCGGGGAGACUUUGAACUCGACCCUUUAAACCCAAUAACAGUGCUGUUGCGACCAAUCUCUCAACUUUCGAACUUGACCUUCAUAGAUCUAAGCCAUCAGUAUAGCCAGCAGUUUGAAGAAACAUUCUUAGUCGAAUUGAUCAAAAAUAUGGUCAAUCUGGUUCAUAUUCGUCUGGAUUUGGUCAAAGCCGCCUUUCCAACUUGCGAUUUUUGCGUCUGUGAAUACUCCAAGCAACCCUUUCAGUCGCCCUUGGCUAUCCAUCUUGCUUCGCUUUCAUCACUCAAAUUUCUCCAUUUCCAUAUGGUCGACAGCUUUGACUCGGGUUGGAGUAAACUUCGAUGGAAAGGUGCGCUCGAGGGAAUUUCGCUAGGCAAUUCCGAUGUUUCAGUGCGUGCCUUGCACAGUUUCUGCAAACUUUUCGAAGAUAGUCUAGUGUAUCUUUGCCUCUUCCGUGCUCCAUCGAGCUUGCAAGAGCGAGGCAGGACUCGAUUCCUACUCGAUUCAGAACGCGACUGCAUCUUUCGCUUACCGAGGUUGAAGAGACUGUCGGUCAGUAAUCAAUACAUGACAGAAUUUCUCAAAUUAUUCUACGAGUCGCCCAACAUCAUUCGGAUCUGCACUAUGAACUACAGCCGAGAUCUCAUAUCGUUUGAGGAUCUCAAGAGCUUUAUGAAUCCUGAAGAUCCGAAGUGGAUUCACUUGCGAUCCCUAAUGGUUCACAUUAGACAAAACACCUUCAGUGAGAAUGACAUCAAGGAAUUGAUUAGAUACGGCGCAGAAGCUGGGGUGGAGGUGGAAUGUGGAAACCUCAGGGGAGUGCGACCACCAUUUUUCGAAGGUGACCUAUUCCCAUAUGAGCAGGGCAGCCCAGAUUGGUCUGAUGCAGAAAGUGAUUGGGAAGUGGACAGCGAGGAUGAGGAUGGGAGGUAG